AUGUGCCGACACAUCAAAGGCAAAUCCGGUGGUAAACUGGCAUGCUGGGAUUGCCCCACAGCAUUUCCUGUCUUCAUGCAGCACCCUUACAGUGCCCCAGUGUGUCUGGCCACUGGAUCACACCAGGAGCAGACACAGUGGGCCAACGUGCUACGAGCUGCAACACAACAUCAGAGCUGUGAUUCACCAGAAUCUAGGGCCUUCUUAGACGCUGUGUCUUCCUUGAAGAGGCUCAGAGGAAACUGUAAAACAGAAGUUCAUCCAGUGGGCGAUGUGGAAGAGGUGUUGGUAAGCAUGGUGAUAGAAGAAGUGAUUUCCUCCCUCAAGGAGCAAAUAUUUCCCAGGAUGAUUGUCCAUCACAGCAGGAGGAAGACAGCCUGGAUCAGAUUGCUGUCUGAGGUCUACAGGACGGCAAAGCAUCAGGUAAAAUCUACCAUGGCUGCCCUGAAGGAGGAGUUGUCACUGUGUCGCUCUGACAUGGAGAAACAGAUCUCUGCAGGACUGCAGCAGGCCGCUCAGCUGGAGGACCACAUCGCUCACAUGAUCACAGAGGACAUGUGUGAGCCGAUGUUACAGUCUCUCCUACACACGAUCGUCCCAAGGCUCGUCCACACUCUGCAGGAAGUGGCCACGCCCACCUGUGAUGCAUUUGCUUCUAUCUGGCAGUACUUUCUGGAGACAUGCGAUGACAUCAUAGACCUGGGAUCAAAAAGCACAUCAGUGAACGACGAGGUGCUUGCGCCUCUAAAAGGCCUCGGAUCAGACGAUGCCAGGAUGUGGCAGUGUCUGGACAGGUUGGAGUUGAGCUCUGAGGGACGUACGUGGCUCCAGGAGACAUGGGGAGUCCACGGUGGAACGUGGAGGCCUUUAGUACUCAAAGCUCAGAACAUGCUCUAUAAGGUGGUGGAUAUGUGUGCUGUGAUGUUCUGGAAGCUGCUCUCCCGAUAUCCAUGUUCCUCUUUUGAUUCUUCCCAGCUCACAGAGGUGCUGUGCAGGAUCAAAGAGAGAGUGGUCAAGCACCUGGAUACAGAACUGUCGGCUCUUCGAUCUCAAUUAAUUCUGGAAGUGAUGCUGCAGAUAACACUGCCAGCAUUCACGCGCGGUGUUGGUGAGCAGGAUCUGUCUCGUUACUAUUCCAUGGUGAACUCAGAGCAAACCCUCUUCAUCCACCCUGACACCAUCUUCCACUCCAUCCUGACAGACAACCUGACCUCUUACAUCCAGUCAGUGAUGAGGUAUUCCCUGCCACAGAAGUUCAUGCCUCUCCCUGUCGGGCCCAACAACCCCUGCAGCUCCAGCUCUAGUUUCUCUGAGCCAGAGUGUCACAAGCUGCUGCCUCCUGGAGACGUUCAGCAGAACUUCUGCCAAAAGUCUGGAGGCUCCACCUCAGGAGCUGAAACACUCAAACCAAGCACCGCGUCUGACCGAGAUUACACAUUGACCACCUCAGAAGGCUCUGAAAACUGUACGGUCUCAAUGCUUGAUGCAGGAGAGUACAUCCUUCUCACUGUGCCAUGA